AUGACUGCCUUCGAAGACUCGCUACCAAGCCCGCCAGGCAACCCCGACACGCCGUUCUCGUACCCGCUCGCCCAUCCCGACCCAGCCUCGAAACCGGUCGCGCCAAAGGAACUCUCCGCCGACCAGCAAGCCAAGCUCGACCGCCUCGUAGAUCACUUCAACAGACCCGACUACACGCUCCCGCGGACACUCAGGGCGCUCAAGGCGCGGUGGGCCAAGGAGCAGGGCGGCGGAGGAAGCAGGUUCGGGAGCCUCUUCAGCAGGAGCGCGACGCCCACCAACGACGAGAUGGAAGACCUGCACCCUUUGUCCGACGUCGAGAAAUGCUACUGGUCCCGCCAAGCCUUCUCGCGCUGUCUACGCGCCGUCAAGUGGGACUACGCAGCGGGAGUCCGUCGAGCCGAGGAGACGUGUGUCUGGCGCCGAGAGUACGGCGUCGAGGAGAUGAAAGAGGAGGAUGUGUCGCACGAGGGAGAGACGGGGAAGGAGCUUGUCAUGGGCUACGACAUCAACUGCAGGCCGGUCCUGUACAUGCACCCGAACAGGCAGAACACGGAGACGAGCCCGAAACAGAUUGCUUUCGUCGUCUGGUGUCUCGAGCGCACCAUCGACCUUGCACCCGCGACGGACCCCGCAACGGAGAUGCUCUGCCUCUGCAUCGACUUUGGCGCAAAUCAGAAAGACGCCAAGAGCCAGCCUACAACGCUGAGCCAGGCGCGGAAAGUCUUGGAGAUUCUGCAAACUUAUUAUUGCGAGCGGUUGGGAAGGGCGGUUUGCGUCAACAUCCCUCAGAUCUUCUUUGCCUUCUACAAGCUCGUCUCGCCGUUUGUCGACCCGGUUACGAAGGAGAAGAUCCGCUUCCUCGACAAGGCCGACGCGACCGCCCUCAUCCCCGCCUCCCAGCUUCAAAAAAUCUUCGGCGGCGACAUCAACAUGGAGUACGACCACAAGACGUAUUUCCCGGCCUUGACUAAACUGUGCAUGGAGCGCAAGGCGGCCAACCUCGAGCGGUGGAGGAAGUAUGGAGAGGGCAAGUGCGGCUUGGAUGAGGCUAUCAUCCGCGGCGCGAGGGUGCCGGGCCAGCAGGCGAAUGGGACGAAGGAGGUCGCGACGCAGAAGGCGGACGUCGAUGCGGCACCGGCAGCGGCACCAGCAGCGGCGACGAACGGCACGGACGACGCGCACGGCGUCACGCCUCUGAGCGAGGAGUUUGCGGCCGCUGCGCUGGACGACCCCGCCACGCCAGCGAUGACUACCGGCAGCGACAGUAGCGAGGGAACAGCUGUCUCGCCGUCCGCUGGGGACGCAAAUCCUGGACCGGACAAGUUCGUCGAGGCGCCGCUCGCUAGCCCUACCGCCGUUGAGCGGGCGCACGAGGCUCUCCACCCUUAG